AUGGUUAAGUCAGCUUAUACAUAUCAAGUCUUCUCUCGUUUGAAAUCUACAUUUUGGGUCCUCCAGAAUCAACUCACAAGAUAUACCUCAAGCCACAAUUCUGCCUAUGCAAUUGUGACACCUAAGAAAGUUUCUUCUCAGCGCUCAGUUCCAUCCCACAUCCAAAAACCUCCUUAUGUGUCAACAACUCCUGGAAAAGAUGCUUGUCCUCCUCACAUUGAAAUCCAUUCACCAGAACAAAUCAGUAAAAUUAAAGAGGCUUGUAUUUUGGCAAGGAAAAUUUUGAAUCUUACAGCAAAGGAGUUGAAGGUUGGUAUUACAACAGAUAAUAUUGAUGAAAUUGUUCAUCAGCUCUGUAUUGAUAAUAAUGUCUAUCCAUCACCACUUGGCUAUCUUGGUUAUCCAAAGUCUGUAUGCACUUCUAUUAACAAUGUUGCUUGUCAUGGAAUUCCAGAUUCAAGGCCUCUUCAAGACAGUGACAUCAUCAACAUUGAUGUAACAGUUUAUGCCAAUGGCUAUCAUGGCGACGUUUCUGAAACGUACUUGAUUGGAAAUGUUGAUGAUAGGGGUCAAAAACUGGUAGACACAACUCGUCAGUGUUUGAUGGAAAGUAUUGUUUUAUGUCGGCCUGGUGCAAGAUUUGGAGAAAUUGGCAAGAGAAUCAGCGAUAUUGCCUCUGCAGCUGGUUUCUGUGUUAUUCCAGAUUUUUGUGGCCAUGGAAUUGGUACUUACUUUCAUGGAUUGCCAGAUAUUUUCCACAUUGACUUGGGUGAUAAUGCACAGAUGGAAAAAGGCAUGGUGUUUACUAUUGAACCUGUUAUAUGUGAUGGUAAACCAGACAUUAAAAUUUUGCCAGAUGGUUGGACAGCACUAACCAAGGACAACAGCAGAUCAGCACAAUUUGAACAUUGCAUUGCCAUCAUUGAAAAUGGUGCUGAAAUAUUGACUCUAUAA